GGAAUUUACCGGUAGUUAAUAUCUGCACUUCCUGUAUUGUUCUGUGAUAUUGCAUUUAAUAACCAGAAUGAGUAUGGAAACACGAACUAGAAUGACUCGUAAAAGGAAACCUGCUGAUCUGCAGGAAAAUAAAUCUAGUUCUCUCUAUAAUUUUGAUGGAGUUGAAAACACUCCACCCAAAAGGAAGAAGAUGGUAGGUAAAGAUUUUGAGUAUAAUAUGGAAAGUUCUCAGUCAGACUCGGAAGAGACCAUAGCCACAAAGUCAUUCUAUGGAAAGAGGGAGAAAAAAUCCUUUCCUCAUUCUCCUAAAAGGCGAAGAGCUGCAAAUAAGGUGUUACAAAAACUGUCUGACGAGGAGAAUAUAUCACAGGAAGGAAGUCAGACUAGUGGCAGCGAGUCAGAGGUCAAUAGAGGUCACAAGAAGGUCCUCAGAAAGAGAGCUGAUAAAGAGGCUAAUGCAGUUAAGCCCCCCAUUAAAAAACCUAACCCAUUAAAGACUGAUUCACCACAAACACCAAAGGCUCAAAUAAAGACUGACACUUCUACAACACCAAGUUCUGGGGAAAAACGCUUCUUCAAAAGCAGAUGUCCUGGAUCUGCAGAAAAAUUCAUUCCUGGUGUGGUUAUCCGAAAAGGCUUUGAUAUUAAGUUUACCCCAAACAGAAGGGACAUUGUUUUAGGAAAACAAAAGAAAGGGAAUGAAAAACCAAAGUCCAAAAAAUCACCUUUGCCUCUAACACCAUUUCCCAAGGGAAAAAUUCAAAAUCUCCAAAAAUUCCGUUCAAAAAAUAAUGUGAAGCAUUCAUAUCCAUUAGCAUCCAAUCAAAAAGUGUCAUCACAAGAAAUUGAAAAUUCUAGAGUUAAAGAAGAUGAACAUCUUAAUCAGGGGUCAGAGGAGAGCUGCUCCCCAAGGUCCUUGUCUUCCGAGCAAUCAGUAGCAGCCUCCAUCCACUCUGGUCCAUCAAUCCGGGUCAGACCUGGAUCUCAGUCUACAGAGCCAGCUGACCAAUCCCAGGAACCGGGGUCAGAUGUUGAUACCACCUCUAGUGUCACAACAGAAGACAAGAUGUCACUCAUAACAGAAGACACCUCAUCAGUCACAGACACAAACUCCGAGGUCAUGGAGGGCAUUCAACCUAUUGUAGAGAUGGAGGAAAGUCAUGAUAGCACACCAAAGAAACAGAAUGAGGAAAACAAAGGGACCAUGAAGACAGCAAAAGGUGAUAGUACGGAGAGUCCUUCUACAUCUACAUCAUCACCACAGCAAAAGUACUUCCCAAUAUUUAAUAAAGUGACACCUAGUCCCAAGUCCAGACUUCAAACACUGCGGGAAACAAAGUCCAGAUCCAAUUCAAGAUCACCAAAGCUAAAGUUCAUUGAAAACAAGGAUGAUCAAAUGACACUGGACGCUGGUCAGAAGAAGUUUGGGGCCACACAGUGUGAAACGUGUGGAAUGGUUUACUCCCAGGCAGAACCUACAGAUGAAACAACACAUGCCAAAUUCCACCAGAGCAUCAUAAAUGCCAUGAAAUUUCCUGGUUGGAAGAAGGAGAGGGUUGUACAUGAGUAUGAUGAUGGUAGUCGAGUUAUAAUGGUGACUUAUGAUGACCCAAAGUAUGCCAUCAGAAAGGUAGAGGAAAUCAACAAGAUAAUGGGAACUGAGCUGGGAUUUCCAGAUACCACUUUCAUCUUCAGGCCAGAUUGUAAGGUGUUUCUCAUGAUAUCUGAUGAGAAGAAGAUAAGUGGAUGCUGUGUUGCUGAAAACAUUACACAGGGUUACCCAGUGAUUGCGGACUCUCGAUCUAGUAGUCAGGAGUCUGGUUCUAGGCCCUGGUAUUGCGACACGGAACCAGAACCAGCUUCAGUGGGAAUCAGCAAAAUUUGGGUUCAAAAGCUGAACCGGAAAAAAGGAGUUGCCAGCCGACUACUGGACUGUGUACGGGAGCACUUUCACUAUGGCAUGUACAUUUCCAAAAAGCAAGUGGCAUUCUCAGACCCGACCCCUGAUGGCAAAAAAUUGGCAACGAAAUACACGGGAAGAAGUUCAUUCCUGGUCUAUAAAUAUGGAUGAGGAUGUCUAUAAAUAUGGAUGAGGAUAAACUUUACAGGAUAGACAUAAAAUACAUUUAGCUGGAAUUAAAUUUCAUUUGCAAGGUACCAUAUAAUUUAUAUUUUGGAGAAAAAGCUUUUAAAUUCUCUGUUGAUCUUUUAAAAUUCAAGUAAACAGCAAAUAGCUUCUUGAACUAGUCAGUGAUGUUUAUUUAGAUGUGUUAUUUUAAGCUCCUUUGGUUAAUGGUCAGAAGAGCAUGUGUUGGUGUGUCCAUCAUUUGUUCAUUUUGUCUGUAAUCAAUUUAUCAAAAUGCUACUUGUAAUUUUUUUUAGCUCACCUGAGCCAAAGGCUCAAGUGAGCUUUUCUGAUUGAAAUUUGUCUGUCAUCAUUGUCGUAAACUUUUCACAUUUUCAUCUUCUUCUCCAGAACUACUGGGCCAAUUUCAAUCAAACUUGGCACAAAGUAUCCUUGGGUGAAGGGGAUUCAAGUUUGUUCAAAUGAAGGGCCACGCCCCCCCUCCAAGGGGAGAUAAUUACGAAAUAGCAAAAAAUUAAUGGCAUUAUUGAAAAAUCUUCUUCUCAAGAACCAAUGGGCCAGGAAAGAUGAAAUUCAUGUGGAAUUAUUGUCAGGUAGUGUAGACUCAGAUUUGUUCAAAUCAUGACCCUGGGGGUAGGAUGGGGCCACAAUGGACAAUCAAAGUUUUACAUAGGGAUAUAUAGGAAAAAUCUUCAAAAAUCUUCUUCUCAAGAACAGCAACGCUAUGAUUGGUCAUAUUUAUAUGGUAGCAUCCUCAGGUUGUGUAGAUUCAAGUGUGUUCAAAUCAUGACCCCCGUGGGUAGGGUGGGGCAACAAUGGACGAUCACAGUUUUAUGUAGGAAUAUAUAGGAAAAAUCUUCUUCUCAAAAACAGCAAAGCAAUGAUUGGUAAUAUUUAAAUAGAAGCAUUCUCAGGUGGUGUAGAUUCAAGUUUGUUCAAAUCAUGACCCCCAGGGGUAGGGUGGGGUCACAAUGGACGAUCAAAGUUUAACAUAGGUGUAUAUAGGAAAAAUUUUCAAAUAUCUUCUUCUCAAGAACAGCAAAGCUAUGAUUGGUCAUAUUUAUAUGGAAGCAUCCUCAGGUAAUGUGGGUUCAAGUUUGUUCAAAACAUGACCCCAGGGGGUAGGGUGGGGCCACAAUGGAAGAUUAAAGUUUUAAUUAACAUAGGAGUUAUAUAGGAAAAAUCUUCAAAAAUCUUCUUCUCAAGAACAGCAAAGCUAUGAUUGGUCAUAUUUAUAUGGAAGCAUCCUCAGGUGGUGUAGAUUCAAGUUUGUUCAAAUCAUGACCCCUGGGGGUAGGGUAGGGCCACAAUGGACGAUCAAAGUUUUAUGUAGCAAUAUAUAGGAAAAAUCUUCUUCUCAAGAACAGCAAAGCUAUGAUUGGUCAUAUUUAUAUGGAAGCAUCCUCAGGUGGUGUAGAUUCAAGUUUGUUCAAAUCAUGACCUCCAGGGGUAGGGUGGGGCCACAAUGAAAGUUCAAACUUGCAGAGAAAAAAGUCACAGUUAGUCAAAAAGUCAUGUAAGCAUCCUUAGUUAGUGUAGAUUUAAUUUUGUUCAAAUCAUACCCCCCUCCCUUUUAGGGGUAGGUUGGGACCACUUAUGCAUUUAAGCUUUUCAAUACUAAACAGAUUUUUCCUAUUUUCCUAGCCACAGUGCUCAGGUGAGUGAUGUGGCCCCUGGGCCUCUUGUUUUCUAUUAGGCUAAAAGAAAAAAUAUUCAUGUUUCCAGUAACCCAACUGACCUAAAUUUUACCCACCUACCUUACCAGUACAUUUUAUUCUAAAUUAAAAUUUCAAACCAUAUUUUUGUUUAGUAGUAUAGUUUUCUUAUAGUGCAGUCGAUAAAAUGUAUGACUCAAACACUGUAAAAAACAUGUCUAUCUAAGUGUUUUAAAGUGUACACUUGAUUUAAUGUUGAUGUUUACAAGUAUUUGUGUAUGUAUAUAUGACGAAAAAACAGUGUAUUAAAUAAUUAAAUGAUGCUUUCAAAAUAAAAAGUAAAUUAAAUAAAAAAGUUCUCGCCUAUCUACCUACCUUAAUUUUUUGGCAUGUUCCCGGAAACAUGCAUAUUUUUUCAUUUGGCCUUUUGACCUGAAGAUAAUAAUCAUGGACAAUAUAGGAUAUAUGUUUUUGUGCAUUGAUUUUUCAGAUUUCAGCUGCAAUUUAUAAAAUAAAAUUCUAUAUGCUACUUCUGAGGUUUUGACCAGUAUGAAUAAAUGUGCACUACUGAAAUCUGAAUUAUUUAAAUUUUUCAAUUGUUGCAAUGUUUUGGUUUUUUUUGUGCUUUAAAGAAUGUCCAUUGUAGUUUUGCACUGGUGCUGAAUUCUGAUCGGCAAAUACACUUAAAAAAGUUAUUGAAUAAACUUGAAAUAUACAUGUACAGAUGUA